GCAAGGUUGGCCAUGGACGACGAUGGCGGCUGCGAGGUGACCCGUAUCCUUGGCGCUCGACACCACUUUGCCGUGCUCGGCCUUGCCCGAAUCGAGUUUGCCGACCUCGCGACCGUGCGGAGGCAAUACAAGCUACUGGCGCGCGUCGUCCAUCCCGACAAGAGUGCCCAUGCUCAGGCGGAGGAGGCGUUCAAGAAGCUCAGCAUCGCAUACGAGUGCCUCGCCGACGAUGCGAGCCAGACACAGUACAUUGCAUCGAUCUCGUCCUCGAGCAAGAAGCGGCGAAGAGAUCAUGCUAAUGUCCCGCCUGCCAAGCGACCCGCGCCAGCGACGCACGGGCGGAUGCGCACGCCCGACGAGAUCUACGCCGCUUUCAUGGCCGAGGAAGAGCGACAAGCUGCCGCCGAGUUCCAAAAGCGCGGGUUCGAGCGGGUCUUUAUCGCAUCGCCCAAGACGAAGCACAAGACCAAGACCACCGAGACCCCGCUGCCAACGCCAGAGGACCAUCGCCGCGAAGCGCUGCUCGCAACCGACCUGGAGGCCAAGCGCGGCGGGUCCCCUCUCCCCCUGUAG